AUGGUUUUCUUAAAAUUUUUUAUUUUUUUAAAUUUUGUUAUCAAUUUGAAUGCCUACAAAAUAUUAAUAUAUAAUCCUAAACUUGGGCAUUCUCAUAUCAAUUUUAUGAGUCAAAUGACAAAAAUUUUAAUCAAUGCAAAUCACGAUGUAACUGUUCUGUCUUCAAAAGUUGAUGAUUCAUUAAAAGAUCCAUAUUAUCAAAGAGGUAAAAUAUAUUAUACUGAUAUAGAUCCUGAAAUAUCUAAAUUAAUAUCUAAUGAAGAACAUAAUAAAAACAUUUGGACAAUGUCAAAAAAUGUAACAAACAGUAAAGAGAUGUUUAAAAACUUUAUUAAGGUUAAAAGAUAUAUGGCAGAAUCAUUAAUUGAUAAUAAAGAAUUAAAAGAAUUUAUUAUAUCUCAAAAUUUUGAUGUUGGAAUUGCUGAAUGUAUAUAUCCAAAUAUGUUUGGACUUUUUAAGUAUUGGAAAAUAAAUACAACAAUUGUAACAACUACUGGUAUUAUGUUUGAUCAUUUUUAUCCAAUGUUUGGUAUUCCAUUUCCGGUAUCUUAUGUACCAUCAAUAAUUCAUGGGGCAUCUGAUAAAAUGUCAUACUUUGAACGGGCAACAAACAUGUUUUUACACUAUUAUUUAUCGUAUUUUUCUGGUUUCAUAUCAAAAUACACAGAAAUGGAUGAUAUUUUCAAUGAAAAAUUUGGAGUCGGUUUUUAUGAUUCACAAAAAAUUAUGACAAAUGCUUCAUUUGUUUUAAUAAAUUCUAAUCCAUUUUUAGAUAUUCCAACACCUAAAAGUCCAAAAAUGAUUGAAAUAUCUGGUAUAGGAAUACCAAAACCAAAUCCAAUUUCUAAAGAACUUGAUAAAAUAUUAAAUAAAAGAAAUAAAACAAUUUUAAUAUCUUUUGGAUCUGUUGCUAAAAGUACAUAUAUGAAUCAAAAGUUAAAAGAUGAAAUAUUAAAAACAAUAAAAAGUUUUCCUGAUAUAACAUUUAUUUGGAAAUAUGAAACACCAGAAGAUGGUCAUGGUUUAGGUAUUGACAAUUUAAUACUUAAAAAAUGGGUUCCACAAAAUGAUUUGUUGAAUGAUAAAAGAUUAACACUUUUUAUUACACAUGGAGGAAUGGGAAGUAUAACAGAAGCUGCUUUUAGUAAUACACCAGCUCUAGCUGUUCCUAUUUUUGGUGAUCAAAUGAGAAAUGGAAAAUUACUUGAAAGAUUAGAAAUAGGAAUGGUUGUUGAUAGUGAAAUUCUUGGAGAUUCUAAAAAGUUUAGAGAAAAAAUUAAAGAAGUUAUAAGUAAUAAAAAAUAUAAGAUUAAUUUAUUAAAAAUAUCUACAAUGUUAAAAAACAGACCUAUCUCAUCUGAAAAAUUGUUAAUAAAACAUGUUGAAUUUGCAUGCAGAUUUGGGCAACUUCCACAACUAGAUUUAGCUUCUAAAGACAUGGGUGUUAUAGAAUAUUACAAUCUUGAUAUUAUUAUUCCAUUUAUUACUUUAUGUGUUAUUAUUUUUUAUCUAAUUUUUAAAUUAAUUUUUAAAAAUAUUUUAAAAUUAUUUGAUAGUAAAAAAAAACAAGAUUAA